AUGAGUCUGAUGCUGCGGGGGACUCAACGCACAGCGUCGACCUUGCGCCGCUGUCACGUGCCACUCCGUGCUACUUUGUCCACGUCUGCAAACUCGUCAGAAGUAGUUCCGUCUACUGCCUCAAGGCACAAGCCCAAGAAGAUACUGUCGUUGCAGGCGUCUCCAGCGCAGAACCUGCGCAACGCUUUGGACGCUCUGGACGAGAUGAUUGAGGAAGCAGAUCGCAAGGUCGUGAAGAAGUACCGGCCAAAUAUGUUUGCAGAGUUCAAGCAACUUAACGACACGGAAGGGAAGGUGCUAGAAGGUGCUGAGGCUCUUGUUGAAGUAAGCAAGGCAACGAAUGUUCCGUCGCUCUUGGCGAAAACUCUGGAAGGCAAGAAAGUGGAUAUACAGAGCUUGGUGCAGAGAGGAAAAGUGACGCUCGUACUUACAUCGUUCAAGAACUAUGGUCUGAACAUGCUACCAGUGUGGCGGGACGGAUUUGUCGCUGCUUUGAGCAAUCGGCAGGGCCAAUUGGACGAACGGGUGCAAACCGUGACGCUUAAUGUGAUUGAAGAAUGGUACAUGAACGUCGUGAGUGGCAGUAUUGUUAGGGGAUUACAGGAGAAGAUACCGAAGGAGCUGCAUGCGAUGACGCUCGCGUAUUUCGGCCGCUGUGAUGACUUUCGGACGUCUAUGGCGUUGGACAACAGUUUUGUGGGCUACGCACACCUUGUGGAUGCGAAAGGACGUAUGCGAUGGAUUGCUGGAGGACCAGCUACGCCAAAGGAGUUGGAGCGAUUAACUAAAGUGACGAAGGAAUUGCUAGCACAAAGCUCACCGAGUCGUCGUCGAUAG